CCUCAGUUUGACGUUUGUAAAUGGCAACCACCCUUUGUUGUCAUUUACAAAUAGUUUUUUCUCCCAUUGUUUAAAUAAAUUACGGGGAAAAUGAGUCUCAAAGGGGACAAGGAUAAGGUGAAGCAGCUCCAGGAUAAGUGCCAGUCGGUGUUAAAUGGUUUGCUUCGCGACGAAGACAAUAAGUAUUGUGUGGAUUGCGACUCCAAAGGGCCACGAUGGGCUUCAUGGAAUAUCGGCGUUUUUCUCUGUAUAAGAUGUGCGGGUAUUCACAGAAACUUGGGAGUGCACAUCUCCAAAGUGAAGUCUGUGAAUCUGGACUCUUGGACACCCGAACAGGUGGUUUCCUUGCAACAAAUGGGUAAUUCCAGAGCGAGGGCUGUGUAUGAAGCAAAUUUACCUGAUAAUUUUCGAAGGCCUCAAAAUGAUACUAGUUUGGAGUCGUUUAUCAGAGCAAAGAAUGAGCACAAGAAAUAUAUUGCUAGGGAAUGGGUAGCUCCGCCAUUGCCAAAAGUAAACUGGGAGAAAGAGAUCGAGGAGGAGAUGGAGAAGCAGAAAAGGAAGAAGAAGACUAUUUUGGAGAAGAAACCUCUGGCUAAUGUAGAAGUUCCUCAGUUACCAAAACCAACAAAUCCUAGCCCUAAACCGUCAAGAUCAUCGUCAAACACUCCGGAAACUAAAGAGAAACAGAAACACACCACUAACAGCGAUCUCCUUGGUUUACAAAACGGCGAGGAUAGCUUUAGUAACUUUAUAUCGGCGGUACCACCGGUACAAACGCCAAACUCGACUGUAACCGCCACAAAUACCGAACAAGCGAAAAAAGAGGAACCAAAAGACAGCGCAAAGACCGAAGAGGAGAACUUUUUUAACCAGACGUUGCCCGCUGAGAAGGAGAAAGUUAAGUUAGAUAAGGACAGUAUUUUGGCGUUGUAUGGUAGCGGACCAACCAUUCCGAACAAUUUUGGACAGUUCCAGAACCCUAUGCAAGGUUCUUUUCAGGGUGGUACAAAUCAGGUACCUUUUCAGGGUGGUACUGGAGGAUUUCCGGCGUUUGGAGGCUUCCCUCAGCAACCCAAUCAACAGAAUUUCAUUCAAAAUGGAAUGUCACAGAACCAGUACUUACCUCAGACGGGCUUUCAGAACUGGAAUAAAGCGCCAACUUACCCACCAAAUCAAAAUACGCAAUUUUUACCAAACCAGUUUGCGUCACAAAGUACCACUCCAUUCCAAAAUGGACAGAGUCAGCCCCAGUUUGGAUCCUCAUUUAACAUGGGAACCACCCAAAUGUCCUUGGGACAACAACAACAACAACCACAACAACAGUUUGUCAGUUCACAGCAACAUCAGUUAGGCCUACAGCAGAUGCCCAACGCUUUCUUCAAUAAUCAAUCUAUGGCGUUGCAACAACAGUUUGGUAAUUUGUCACUAAAUGGUGCUACCCAGGCGCCUGCAGGUGGGCCUACGCCAACUCUAUCCACUAAUAUAUGGCAGUAGCGAUAAAUUUAAACAUAUAUCGGUGUUUUUAAACUCUUUUUUCCUUGUAAAACACUUGGGCACAGCUUAUUCAUUCCAGCUUGGUUACUUUGAAAAAAGAUAUUUUUUAAGUUUUGUAUUCUUAAAGGUAAUUUAGUUCCUUAUAUACACAAAAACAAACAUACAUUUGAAUGGUAAUUAAUUUAUAUAAGACUAGGAAAAGAACAGUAAAUAUUUUUAUGGGAAUGAAAUCUGGGUUCAUAAUAUUAUAAGUUUUUUGUCCUGUAAACUUUACUGAUUCAUUUUACAAUAUAUCAAAAAUCUAUAGUAACUCGACAGUGUAGGGAGAUGUGCGCAGAAUGUUAUGCGCAAAUUCUCGAAAAUAUACCGAGUGAUGCGGCUGGAUACUGAAUAAGCCGUGUCUGAAAUCAAAUUUAAUUAUUUUUUAAGUAAGGUACUUAUUUAAAAGAGAUUUAAAAUAAAUCAAGUCACACACUUUUAUCAUUGUUAUAUAACCACGUUAAAGAAUCUAUGUGCAGGGUAAGUUGUGGUAAGAAGGCACCAUAACCUCAAAUCGGAUGCCAAAACUACAAUGCAACAACUCUGAGUAAAGGCUUAGUGUGGAUUAUUUGAAUUCUACAUAAAAAAUUAUAUGGAUAGAUGUAUAGAUAUUUAAUUAUAUCUAAGAUUUAACGAAAA